GGGUGAGGUGGGGUGGGGUGGGGGGGCGAUGUGGAACCCACGCGGGCCAUGAGUGGGGAGGCCCGGGGGGUGUACGGGACCGGCCUCAGCCUGGGGCUGGGGUUGGGGGCGGCCGCGGGGCUGAGUCUGCUGUACCUGCUCUACAACAAGAGGAGGAGGAGGAGGAGGCUCUCGGGCGGCGUCUGGGCCGGUUUGAGAGGCGAUGGGAUGGUGGUACCGGAGCUCUCAGAAAGUGAAGCGAGGAGACGAACAACAGGGCCAGAGGACUCCUACACAUCUCUGAGGGAUCAACAGGCAGAGAUGUGGGAGCAGUUGAAUGUAAUACUGACACAUGUAAAAGACCUGAAGCAGGAGGUGACUGAACUUCGGGAGAGUCUGAGUGGGAUGUCAGAUCAGAUUGUUGGAGAUGUCAGGUUAAGCCUAGAGCAGACGAAUAAGACAAGCAGACGAAGGAGAAUUAACUACUAUAGACAAAGAAGCGAUUCAGUGGAAUCAAGCUCCAUUUAUUUCACAGCCAGUACAGGCACCAGGAGCAACGUGGAAUCUGAGAGCGAAGGAGGAUAUAGUACAGCUAAUGCUGAUUCAGAGUGUGAUCAUGAAGAUGCAAAUGAGGAUGAGAAUGAAAACGAGGAAGAUGGACAAAAUACAGUGGCAGAAAAUAAUUCUCCAAGACACUCACCUAACCCACAUGGUUCAAAUGAAACGCAUUACACUUCUCACAUGUCAGCUGAACUCACUCAGCUUUUGAAUGAAGCAGACAGAUUGAACAGUGGCACAGAUGAGGACAAAAAAAAAGGUUUUCACAUGCUGUUGGAUAAGAAACUCAGUUAUGGAUUAGACUCUGAGUUCUGCUGGCGACUGGCUCGAGCAUAUACUGACAUAUUAGAGAUGACUGAGGAAGGAGAUGAGAAGAAGUUUUUUUUAGAAAGUGUUUCUGUGCUUGGGAUAAAGGAGCAACACAACCUACUCAUAUUGCCACAACAUCUCUCAACAGGCAAACCUGGAGAAGUUCACGUAAAAGCAGGGAAAGAGGAGGCGAAAGCUGGCCUUCAGCGGAAUUCCUUAAGUGCAGAAUGCCACAAGUGGUAUGCUAUCUUAUCUGGCCACCAGGCUGACAAUGAUAAUAUCCAGAAUCGCAUCAAGGCUGGAUAUCUUUUCAAGGAACACAUUGAUCAAGCCAUUCAGUUGAAGAAAGAUGAUCCAUCUUUAUACUACUUGCUUGGAAGAUGGUGCUUUGAGGUAUCUCAGUUGACCUGGAUCGAAAGGAAGACAGCCUCAGCCUUUUAUGGAGCUCCUCCUACAGCCACCAUUCAUGAUGCUCUACAGAACUUUUUAAAGACUGAAGAGUUGAGUCCAGGAUAUUCCAAAUCUAAUGCAGUCUACAUUGCAAAGUGCUACAGAGAACUUGGCAAUAAUGCAGCUGCUUUACAGUGGCUGGAAUUAGCAAGUCCUUUGUCUUCCACGUCUAAAGCGGACCAAGAGGCACAGAAGGAGCUGGAAGAAUUACUUAAUUAUCUCGUCAGAUAAAGUGUUAUUGAUUAUUUUGCAAAAUGCUGUCAUUUUAAUCAUAAAUGGAGAGUCGUUUAACUGUGUCCUUUGCUGUUUAAACACAUCUGAUUUUUAAUCAGUCUUCUCUGCUACUGUGAGAUUUGCUCUGUGCCUGAACAACUACAAAAUAUCAUAAAUCAUGUCUGCAGCGAGGUAGUCAGAGGGUGAGAAAUUUCUCCAAGUUGCAAAGGAUGCCCUUGUCUCAAAUUCAUUCAUUGGAGGAGAUGAACGAUGGUCUCAAAUUACUUGUUUCUUUUCCUGCAGACACCUCCCAUUUGAUAUAAAGAGAGUGACAAGCCUCCCUAAAGGACCACUGUAACUUUCCAGGACUCCUAAUCAUAUUCUUUAACCGUAUCUUCAUUUUAGCACGAUUACAGAUGCAUACAGAAGAAAAGCUAACCUAUUGUUAAAUCUAUAUUUGUAGAACUGAUUUGUGCUGAACGUUUUCAGUCACAGCAAGGCACGGUAUAAAGUUUCAGAAAAUAUCAUUGAAAGUUUGUUAUCCUUAAGAUAAAAGAGAUUACCUUCUUGAGCUGAAACCUGCGCUUGUCAGAUGUCAAAUAAUGCUCCUCACAGAAAAAUCCCUCUUUCCCCAUUACGAAACUCCUCUGCAUCCUUCAUCCCCGAAUUUGGAAAUGGUUUGGGGCCAGAUUAAAUCAUCCGACCGGCCUCUAGUUGGCCCACUCUGCUCUUAAGUAUCUGCCCCUCAGCGAAGAGCCAGCUGACUUUGGGUAAAAGAAAAUACAGCACAAAUAAAUCCAAAGUUAUUAGCCAAACCAAAACAAGAAAACCUGGAGGAAAUCAAAUAUAAAAGAGUGGGGUACAUACUGGGGGGUUCUGAUGAAGCCAAAACUGCAAGUACAUACUUUUUCUGGUUGAAAUGGAAGGCAAGUGUAGUGGGACAUGGGUUAUUUUGUUGCUGACACAGUGAAUUUCCAGACUGUGUUGUG